AUUUUCAUCUUCCAUCCCCUCUCGUCUCUCUCUAUCCUCAGAUAUCUCCUCAUCUUGCAACCCAAUCAGCACCGAUCAUCCCUCAUUACCCCAGUCAUCCCUCAUUGCUCAGAUCAUCUAUUACCACUCCAAUCACCAUCUACUUCUUCCCCAAACCUCCUCUCUAAUAAAACUCAAAUCUGGUUCCUCGCACAAUAAUAAUGAUCAAUAGAUCUGAUUCAAAAAAUCAAUUCCUCUGAAAAUUCUACCAAAUCUGUAAAGAAAAAUGUAAAAAACACAAUAUCCCUUCAAUCAACACCAACAGUAACUAAAUCUGAAAAUUCAAGCAAUCAGAAGCCACACAAAACUCUAAAUCCCAUUCAAGCAUGACUGCAAGCCAACAAGGAAACAGAACAAAAAACCCAGGCGGGUUCGACUUAAACCCAGGUGCUGGGUUCGAAACCCAGGGCUUGGGUUCGAGGAACCCGCACCUGGGUUCUUCGAACCCAAGCGUCCUGGGUUCUUCGAACCCAAGCGUCCUGGCUUUUGAAAAUCAGAAAUGGAACCAACAGCAUGAUCCUGCCCUGCAACCCCUCGCCGGAACCUCGACCGGCCCUUCCCCACCGGCCAAUUUCACCUGGUUCCCAUUUUUCCUCUCCCACUUCCCCGAGAAUUAAUCACAAAGAACCACUCACUACCUUUUUUUCUUCGUUUCACUUUACUACUUCCUGAUUUCUACAAUGUGGUUCAUGACUCUUUCAGGAAACAAAGCGGACAUCUUGGUUUGCUGAUGCCAAGAACUUCUCUUUCUAUUCCUUAAUGUAAUUCAAUGAUGGGUUUAUGCUACUCAAUCUCUGGACCGGAAAAACCCAUUGGUUGCUAUGAUACCGCAGUGAAGGUGGAAAGAUACCAUAAUUUGCUCAAAAAAUAGUAUUCAUUAUCUGUUCUGUGAAUUAUAUGUCUUCUUCUUUCUCAUGGGUGUUACCGAAAUGAAAGAUGAAGUGUAAAAGGAUAUCUUUAGCUACUUUAAGCCUAUAAUAUUAUGCAUCAAGUCUAACAGGACAGAUGUAAUGGGUAAAUAAUAUUUAAUUUUGGAUAAUUUUUGGAUGCAGGAAAAUUAAGUAUGAUUUAUUUUGUUUAAGAUCGUGUUUGUGAAGUGAAUAUUAUCGUGUACGAUUUAUCAUGACU